CGAUGUGCCAACGUCAUGCUCUCCACUGCGCCUCGAACCAUCCAUCUUCAACUCUUUCAACAUCAACACUUUUGAAGCAAUCGUCAAAAUGGCUGGUCCUCACGAGUACUCGUACGGAAAUCAGCAGCAGCAACAGUACCCUCCACAGCAACCGUACCCUAAUCAACAGCAGUAUCCUCCUCCGCAAUACAAUGCACCGCCCCAAUAUGGAUACUACCCACCGUAUCAAGCCCAACCAGCUCCUUACCGCCGCACUCCACGCCAGAACUUCGCUGUCGUGACUGCGCGGCAGCUCAAUAUCGCUAUUCCAGUUGUCAUUAUCAUCUUGAGUAUUUGGUGGUCUCUUAGAUCGCAGAUAUGUCCCAGCGAUGUACCUGUUGGUCAUGAAUGUUCCUGGAUGCUAUGGACGGCGUUACCUGUUGGCAUUGCUUCAUUGCUCUGGGCGGUCGUGAUGAAUAUCUCUGCUCGUCGCGCCAAUCACUCCAUGUCUCACGUCCCGGUAAUUGUCAACACCAUCGUGCAGCUCAUUCUUGCGCUCGGUGCAACGGCGUGUUUUGCGAUUCUCAUUUAUCAUAUGGAGAACUACUCUGUCUGGAAUCGAAGCCUGGAGGGUUCGAUGAUUGCACUUCUAGUGGUACUAGCUAUUAUUAACUGGGUUUUGUUUGGGUGGUCAAUCUACGAGAUGAGCUUCUAUCGAAAGGAGAGGCAGAGCGCAAACAGCCAUAUACCCAUUUGAGCGGCAAUCUGAGAAAUCCCCUAUAUCUUUAGGGCUGUACCUCCACAGCACAAACAAUUUGCAGUAUGCGAUUAAUAUUACUUGAUCAUACAUUUUCGCAUCGCAUAUUCCGACCGUGUCAAAGCUAUCCCCGGCUUUCGGUCUUUUCUUUAUACUUGUGAAUACCCCUCUCGACAUCAUAC